UUGUUCCAGGUAUUCCUUCCCUCUCGAUUGCAUUUCAAUAAAAUGACACCUCGUGACCAUUCACCCUCAACAUUUGCCAUUUAUUCACCGUCCGAGAAGGAACUGGAAGGAAUUUUCACGAGAAAAAAAAGAAAUACCAUGAAAGUUCUUGCAGUUUUCAUCGCUCUGGUCGCUGUGGUAACAGCCCAAAGCGAUUUUGCACAGGAACUUCAGGAGUUCCAUGAAAAUUUCAACGAUUUCCACUUGGAGUUGGAUUACUGGCUUAGGGAUCGUCGUCAUGAAGUGAGCGACACCAUCAGAGAAGCCAACCGAGUAGCCCUUGGACAAGUCUGGGACGAUGUCACGGCUGUACGUUUCAUCACUGAAAGUGCUCGACAGGCCAUUGACUAUCGAGCUGAUCAAAUUGGUGAGACCGAGUGUAUUGUAGGAAUUCGCGAGAGGCUUACAGAACUCGAGUCAGAGUCCGGAGAUAAGAUCAGUGCAUGUGCGCGUAACCUCCACAGAGACUAUCAACAUUCCCUUGACUAUGGAUUUUUCAUCCAUCUCAACUAUGCCCAACGCAUGUCUCACUUCCUCCAACUCCUUGUCCUCUACAACGUAGGAAACUACAAUCCUUUCAGCGAUCAGGAAUUCAUUAGAUGGGCACUCACAGAAAACUGGGAACACCGUGAAAACCUUCGCGAUGAAGAAUACAUCAUGUACUACCGUGAUCAAUUGGAAAAUGGUAAAUCCAUUGGUAACAUCAAUGUGGAAAAUUGCCUCCUCACAGUAGCCAGUAUCUACAACAUCGACGUCAACCAAUUGAGAGAUGAUCUCACACAAUGCUGACAAGCUAGGACAACCCAUUUCGUCCUUCCAGAACCCCCAUUUUAAUUAGUUUUUAUUUUCGUUGAAACCCCCACAAGUGAUUUAAAUGAAAUAAAUGGAUUAUAAUUAGACUA